UCUGUGAGACUGCAAUGAUCAACAUGUUGUUCUUGCACUAGUUUCUCAUGCGGAUUGAACUGUUUACAUCGGUUGUUGUUAGGCUCAUGAGAAGUUCAAUUUUCUUAGCAAAUUAACAACCUUUCUUGUCCCUGUUUCUGUAAAUAUGGAAGGGCUUGUGCUAUUGGAACCAACAGAAUUAUAUAAUAUGCUUCAACAAGCAUCAGUCUAUUCUAACCUGAGUGACAACAACUAUUUGUUAUUGAUAGAUGCUAGAAACAAGGAUGAUUACAAUGAAAGUCACAUAGUUACUGCAAAGAAAGCUCCCAAGAAUAAGGAUGGGCAGUUUUUUGUUCCUUUCGAUUCAGAGCUGGAAUGCAGACAGAAUGUCGUAGUGUAUGACAGUAACACUUGCAGUGUGAAAGAAACAACUGAAGCAAAUGACUGUGGAAGCCUUCUUUGGGAAAUGGGAAGCCGGAAUAAGGUUUAUAUACUGAAAGGUGGCUAUGAAGAAUUUUCAGCUUUGUACCCAUUUUUGAGAACACAGAAAAUUAUUUUUAUGCCAAAAGAACUUGAUGAGAUAAAGCCCUACCCUGCCGAGAUAAUCACCGGCUUUCUGUAUCUGGGCGACUGGCGUCAGGGCAACGCCUCGUAUGUACAGAAGGACCUCAAAAUUAAGGCCCACAUAAACUGCUGCGUUGAGGCAGAAACAUUUUUUCCUGCAAACAGUGGACACCUGCUUCACAUCCAGUGUGAUGACUCCAGCGAUGCCGAUCUCUCAAGCAAGUUUGAAGUCGCGUGUAAAUUCUUAGACUCAUGCCAAGAGAAGAACAAGCCAGUAUUAGUGUUCUCUAACCUGGCUAUCAGUCGAAGUGCCGCGAUUGUCAUGGCAUAUCUCAUCUACCAGCGGAAAAUCACAGUCGAGGAGGCUUUUAACCAUGUAAAAAAAUGUUCCAACUACAUCCAGCCAGUACAAGCGUUUAUGGACCAGCUUAAAACCUGGAGUGCCAAAGUUCUGGGAAAAUAACUGUUUCCAUGACAACAUGUUGUUAUAUUCUGUGAUAAUGGUCUUGUUCUGUGUUGCACAUAAUUUGUUUACAAUUCAGAAUUAUGGAAAAGUUGUUAAAGAGUAUUCUUUGUUGGAACUUUUAAAACUGUUUAACUUAUUUUUUUAUAAAUAUUGAUUUGUUAUUCAUUUUGUUUUUACAUGGAUUUGAAAAAAAGUCACAAAAAGUUGGUCCUGGUAAUCACAAUGCUUUUAAACUGAAUGAACUUGAUUGUUUUGUAUAUAUCUCUGUACUAUUGUGCCAAUUUUCCAAAUAUUUUGUAUUUCUUAGCUUGACAUAUCUCUUAUGCUUAUAUUUUAUUUGCUUAGCUUAAAGUCCCUCUUUUUCAAGUCAGCUUAGGCCAUCUUUAUAUAAAAAUGUUAAUGAAACGAUUUCUUUUAAACCUUACAUGUAUCGGAAUCAGUUAAUAUGGCUGAACCAAUUUCAUCUUUAGUAUGAAUGAAUUUGGACAAAAGAAAUUGUAGCGAGCAUGCAAAAUAAAAAUACAUUUUUUUUAAUUGGUUUUAUCCAGGAUCAGGUGCUAGCUAGCGAAACCAUUAUCCUAUAUGGAAUAUAAUUUUGAAAAAUGAUCCUGAAUAAGUAUGACUUGAUUAUCCUUUCCAUGUGUAUUUUCAAGCAAAUACCCAACAAAGUACCCCUUUCAUACGACUGUUUCAGUUGUCUGAUCAUAUAAUAACAUGUUUUUGCAUUAUUCGAUGCAAAAUGGGUUUACAGAACUGGGUUUUUUUGCCUUUUUUCAACUCUUAUUUUUCCUUUCAUUUAAAAAAAAAAUCAGUGCAGAAAAUCUGGUCAGAUGAAAUAUCAAUUUGAUGUGGCCUCAUUUUCAUUUAUUUAUCCGAGAUAAAACCAGAAUGUUACUUUUUUGUGGAUAAAAGACUGUGUAUUUUUACUAUUUCUUCCUGUUGUUUGUUUGAUAGUUUAUAUAUCCAUAAGUGUCAAUAUAAUCUUUGUUUGUUAUUCCAGUCUUCAGUGUUAUUUCUGUACAGUCAAAACUCGCUAUGUCGAACUCGAUGUUAUCUCGAUAUUUUGGUUAUAGUAUCUCGAUAUUUUUGUUAUAGAAUCUUGAUAAUUUGGUUAUAGUAUCUCGAUAUUUUGGUUACAGUAUCUUGAUAUUUUGGUUAUAGUAUCUUGAUAUUUUGGUUAUAGUAUCUCAAUAUAUUGGUUAUAGUAUCUCGAUAUAUUGGUUUGUCAAACUUUUUUCAAAUGUAUUUAGUUUACCUAUACACUUUUUGUAAUUCAGAUACCGUAAAUGACUGGUUAUAAGACGAUAGGGGGUAUUAGACGCAGGGAAAAAAUUUGUGAAAAAUCCGAGAAAAAAACUUUUAAUCUAUGUUUUUGGUUAAAAGACGCAUAGAAAAAAUGUCAAAAUCGUCCGGCAUUUUCAGCCACCAUGUUUGUUGACAGUUUUUCGUGAAAAUGGCGAUGAUUAUCUUUAAAACCAUACAACCAUACUGUCGAGAAUGAAAAGUUAUGUUAUGCAAAAAAUAUUUUGACAGUGCCCAACUUUGCUUUUUUAUAUGUAAGUUUGAUUGUUGUUUAAUUCAAUUUGUUAUUCAAAAUAAUAUUGAUUACCGUAAUUCACAAGAGUUCGGACACCAUAAUUUUUUUUUUUUUUUCGCUCUCCGAAUACAUAGAAAAUUAUCAUUUUUACAUCUUAUUUACAUGUUUGUUUAACCUGCCCUUUUUCUUCAUGUUUGCUUUUUACCACUUAUUAAUUUAUCCGUAGUAAUCAAUGGUCAUAAACUUAUUUAUUACGCCUAUAAGUGUAAAUCCUUCAUGAAGUUAAUUAAAACACCAUUUUAUACAUGCACUGAACUGAAUAAACACAUUCUAUCGGCUUCAGAUCAAAGAGUCACACUGUGUGACGUCACAUAACUUACAGUUAUACCCACGAGGAUCUCGUGGAGAGCAUGGACAUUGCUAUGCAGGAUUAAUGUAUAACUGUACGAUUAUUGCUUCAUAUAGUCUAUAAGUGUGGUACAAGUUUGAAAGCUUAUUGGCAGAUCGUUUUACAAACAUGCCAUGUCGAUGUUUUCUUAAUCCCUUGAUUGCCCUUGUUGUUUGUUUAAUCCUCAAAUAAAUAUAUCACACUUCCUUUUCAACAGGCAAUAAACCGUUUAGGAUGGGUAGUAACUAAUUAAAUUGUCACAGUGGUGUAUACGGUUAGGUAAUCUAGCCAGGCAUUGUAAAGAUAAAAUCAAUAAUCUUCAUCUGUGAAACUUGGUAACUAUGAAAGUUAUGAUUGAUGUCCUUUGGGUGUCUGAAAAUUAGGUACGCAAAAUAAAUUAUUUUGGGAAAUAAUUAUGGGUGUCCAAAUAUUUAGAGUGUUCGAACUCUUAGGUGAAUUACGGUAACUUUAAUCGAAAAAUAUUUUUGUUGAAAUUAUAAACGUCUUACGAUAUACCGUAUCCCGAUCUUCAAUUGCCGUUUUAACCCGUAUAUACUCGAUCAAUAUGACGCGAGUAACAUCCCUUUCUACAUAAAUCUAAACAAACUCUCGGCUUGAAAUUGACCUCAGAAAAAAAGUUCAAAAAAUUGUUACUGGGUAUUAUACGCAGGCAUUUUUUUGCAUCAAAAUCUGAGGGAAAAAAGUGCGUCUAAUACUCAGUCAUUUACGGUAUAUUGAAUGUUAGUUAUAUCAAAAGAUUUUCCUGAGGUCCCAAAGAAUUUGACCUAGCAAGUUUUGACUGUAUGCUCUUUGGAAAAAACAUAAUGUAAAAUUUGUUGUGAUGCUACUUUAUCAGCAUUUAAUGCAUUUGUUAAACUUUUCCCUAUUGUCCAUUUCUGUUUUAUUAUAUUUGGGUAAUUGUUUUCUGUCUUCAUAUUAUUACAUUUACAUUAAAAAAUAUCAACUUUUUGAUAUCUGCUGCCUCUUUUUUUUUUUUUAGCUUGACUGUUCGAAGAAUAAGGAGAGCUAUAAGACUCACACUAGCGUUGGCAUCACAUCUUGAUUAAGGUUUUGCAUGUAAGCCAUUAUCUCAGCAAAUACAUCAUGUAUCGCAUUGAAGCAAGUUUUGACUGUAUGCUCUUUGGAAAAAACAUAAUGUAAAAUUUGUUGUGAUGCUACUUUAUCAGCAUUUAAUGCAUUUGUUAAACUUUUCCCUAUUGUCCAUUUCUGUUUUAUUAUAUUUGGGUAAUUGUUUUCUGUCUUCAUAUUAUUACAUUUACAUUAAAAAAUAUCAACUUUUUGAUA